AUGUCGAGGAUUGGUCAUGAUACAUUUAAAAGAUUACAAAAUGAUGCAUCAUGUAUAAGAAAUAUAUGUAUUGUAGCCCAUGUAGACCAUGGUAAAACAUCGUUAUCAGACUCCCUGUUGGCUUCAAACGGGAUCAUCUCCCAAAGAUUAGCGGGCAAAAUUAGAUUUUUAGAUUCAAGACCAGAUGAACAAUUAAGAGGGAUCACUAUGGAAUCCUCUGCUAUCUCCUUAUAUUUUAGAGUUUUGCAUAAACAGGAGGGAAAAGAUGAACCUUUAGUUAAUGAACAUUUAAUAAACUUAAUCGAUUCUCCUGGUCAUAUCGAUUUUUCAAGUGAGGUGAGCGCUGCUUCAAGGUUAUGUGAUGGUGCUGUGGUAUUAGUUGAUGUAGUUGAAGGUGUAUGUUCACAAACUAUUACUGUUUUAAGACAAUGCUGGAUUGAGAAAUUAAAACCUGUCCUUGUCUUAAAUAAAAUCGAUAGAUUAAUCACAGAAUUACAAUUAACUCCACAAGAGGCAUACCUGCAUUUAAAUAAAGUCAUUGAACAAGUAAAUUCUGUUAUUGGCUCUUUCUUCGUAGGUGAAAAACAAUUGGAUGACUACACAUGGAGAGAGCAGUUAGAAACUAAUAUGGAGGCAAAAUUUACCGAAAGAGAUGAUUCGGAUCUGUAUUUCAAUCCAGCCAAUAAUAAUGUUAUCUUUGCAUCCGCUAUUGAUGGAUGGGGCUUUAAUAUUGGCCAAUUAGCUAAAUUUUAUGAAAUUAAAUUGGGUGCUAAAAGAGAUAAUCUACAGAAAGUGUUAUGGGGUGAUUUUUACAUGGACCCCAAAACAAAGAAAAUUAUUAAUCAAAAAGGUUUGAAGGGUAGAUCCUUAAAACCGUUAUUUGUCACAUUAAUAUUAGAUAAUAUUUGGAAAAUUUAUCAAAAUAUAGUUAUUAAGGGAAGGAAUUUAGAAGUCAUUGAAAAGAUUACAAAAGCAUUAAAUAUUAAAUUGUUACCAAGAGAUUUAAGAUCAAAAGAUGAUAAACAAUUAUUAAGAACUAUAAUAAGCCAGUGGUUACCUGUUAGUACAGCUGUUUUAUUAACUGUCAUUGAGAAAUUACCCUCUCCAUUAGAAUCUCAAAAAGAAAGAUUGGAUACCAUUAUUGGUCAUGAUCAUAGCAAAUUGAAUGUUGAUAAUAAUUUGAUUGAAGCUAUGGGUGAUUGUAAUAAAAAAGGACCUGUGUCUGCAUAUGUCUCAAAGAUACUUUCGAUACCAAGAGAUGAACUACCUGUUGAAGGUAAAUUUAAUACAAUAACUCCUGAUCAAUUUGACAAAAAUAAGAAAUUUCGUGAAGAAGCAUUAAACGCGGCAAGAAGAGCUGAAUUAAUCGAGAAAUUAUCUAAAUUGAAUACAGACGAUAAAGACAUAAAUUCUUCAGACUUAUAUAAAAGAGCUGAAGACACUACAUUUACCCCUGAUAUUGAUCUUUCAAAUGAGAAGAGUAGGAAAAAAGCAACAAAGGAAAAUGACCAAAAUAAUAUAGUUGAUAAAGAUUUUGCAUCACUCAAUUCUGAAUUUGCUUCUAGGCGAAAUGAUAGUAAUGAUGAAUUUAAUGAUGGCAAUGAUUUAAUACCUGAAUUUGUUCCACAAGAAUUAGACCCAACCAAUCCAUUAAACGCAAUCUUUGAGUAUGAGGAAGAAAGUCCAUUAGAAUCACAAUUAACAGUAAACCAAAUUGGAUAUGAAGUGAAUGAAGAAGCGGAAUUAGAAGAUCUUUUUGAUGAAAGAGAUGAAGUUUUGAUUGGUUUUGCAAGAGUGUACAGUGGUACACUACGUGUUGGACAAGAAGUUUCUGUUUUGGAACCAAAGUAUGAUCCUGAGAAACCAACCGAACACAUAAAAACAGCCACAAUUACCCAUCUGUACCUAUUUAUGGGGAAAGAGUUAGUCUCUUUAGAGGAGUGUCCGGCAGGAAAUAUUGUUGGUAUUGGUGGCUUAGCUGGUAAAAUUUUAAAAAAUGGUACUUUAAUUGAAUCUGGUGUUAGAGGAGUAAAUUUAGCUGGUAUAAACAUCCAUACAACUCCAAUCGUGAGAGUUGCUGUCGAACCUGUUAAUCCAAUGGAAAUGUCAAAAUUAGUCAGAGGUUUAAAAUUACUUAAUCAAGCAGACCCAUGUGUAGAUACGUAUAUCAAUGAUAAUGGUGAACAAAUUUUGUGUACUGCAGGUGAGCUACAUUUAGAAAGAUGCUUAAAGGAUCUUCACGAAAGAUUUGCGGGAAUUGAACUUACUCAUUCAGAACCAGCUAUUCCAUAUAGAGAAACCUUUUUAGAGACUACAGAUUUGAAUCCAAUGAAAAAUCCUGACCUAGGUAGAAGUGUUACAGUAACUACACUCGGUUCAUAUAAAAUCACAUUAAGAUCAUUGCCAUUGAGUGAUAGAAUUACUCAUUUUUUGGAUAAGAAUGAAUCAACAAUAAAAAGAAUUAUAGACGAUAUUUCAAAUGAUUCAUUUACUGAGGGUAUAGAUGUGAUGGAUAAGGAAACAUUUUUCACUAAAUUAAACGAGUUAUUACAAAAUGAUCAAAACAAUAAGGAUUAUCUUUCUACAUGUAUUGACAAAAUAUCAGCGUUUGGACCCAAAAGAUAUGGUUGUAAUAUUUUGGUUUCAGAAAAUGGGUUAUUGGGUAGUAUAAAAAAGAAAACUUUGGGAACUUUAGAGUUUGCAGAUUCAGUAAUUAAUGGAUUUCAAUUAUCUGUAAAAGAAGGUCCAUUGGCUAAUGAACCAGUUCAAGGUAUGUGUAUUGUUAUCGAAGAUAUUCAUAUUAUGGGUGAGGAAGAAUUAUCUAAUAUUAAUGAUCCGCAUUAUCAAACAGAUAUUCCAAAUAUUUUUGGUAGAUUCAUUACAACUAUUAGGGACCAAAUCCAUCAAUCCUUCUUAGAUUGGUCGCCAAGGAUAAUGUGGGCAAUGUAUUCCUGUGAUAUUCAAACUUCAGUUGAUGUGUUGGGUAAAGUAUAUGCAGUGGUACAACAAAGACACGGUAAGAUUAUAUCUGAGGAGAUGAAGGAAGGUACUCCAUUCUUUCAAAUUGAGGCACAUAUCCCAGUCAUUGAAGCUUUUGGAUUUAGUGAAGAUCUACGUAAGAAAACAUCAGGUGCAGCUCAACCGCAGUUAAUCUUUUCUGGUUAUGAGUGUAUCGACUUAGAUCCAUUCUGGGUUCCAACCACAGAAGAAGAAUUAGAGGAACUAGGUGACACUGCUGAUCGAGAAAAUAUUGCCCGUAAACACAUGAAUGCUAUUAGAAGAUGUAAAGGUUUGUUUGUUGAUGAGAAGAUCAUCCAAAAUGCAGAAAAACAACGUACUCUAAAGAAAAACUAA